CAGGCCCUCUGGGCCGCUUGUUAAUCCUUGUAUUUUGUACUAGUAAAUUAUGGUAUGUGGCUGUUUUCCCGUAUGUUUUUAAAUUUGAGGAAGACUUUUGGAGCAAAUCGAUUUAUAACAGGAAUUAUUCUGUCGUGUCUAUAAACAACUUAGCAUGAUAAACUGACCUCUGUAGAACGGCACAACGGAAUCCAGUUCGCCCUGAUAAUAAUGUUCAAAAUGGAGGCACGUCAAAACAGAGGUCUAGGGAUGACACAGAUAUUUUGCAACCGCUGAGUUACGAAAUAAGCGAGGAUAAAUUUUACGUCAUAGAUCUAUCAGACGGCAAAAACAGGACGACAAGAUGUCAACUGCUAAAGCUGAAUUUCAGACUUUCAAACAACAGAAAGCAGUAAAAGACGAUUCUUUGCGACAGGAGAGAGUAAAGGGAGCCAAGUGCCUCCAUUAUGUCGGCAUACUCAUGCUUAUUGCCUCCCUUGGACUACUGAUAACCAGCUCUGUGUUCAUGGACUUGGUGAACAAGAGUGAAAAUAUGCAUCUAGGAUCUAUACCUAUAGGGCUGUUUGCUGCAGUUUUGGGAAUGGCUGGUGGAUUGUGUGAGUAUUGUGCCUCAAGAAACAUUGUGGAAUCAGAAGCAAAAGGAUGUUCUAAAUCCCUUGUGAUUGGCAAUUUUGUGCUGAGCUUUGUUGCUUUGGGACAGUGUGUGAUUGCUUCAGGGUUUGCUGGUAGUACUUACAGCACCUGUACAGAGGAUCCUGGUCCAGCGCCGGACAAGGACUCCUGGUUUACCAUUGACUUCAGACAAUGUGUUUCCUAUAGAUCUGAAAUCAAAACAUCUGCAAUCUUCCUUAUUCUGUUUGGAAUUGCACUUGCAGUUAUGUCAGUGACUUCAAUUGUUGUUUAUUGCAUGUACAAAACUUCCUUCGGUGUAUUUAAUCAGCAACAGAUGUUGUUACAGGUGGAAAGAGAUGUUGGAGCUAUACAGCACAUAUUUAAUCUGCAGUCACAGUAUCCAGACAGGAAUGCAUGUGGUAUAGAAGAUCUGCAACAAAUGCAAAGCUACAUCACUGAAAUACAGACAAAGUUGACAGAGGCAGCAGCUGUCCCUCAGAGACGGGGAGUUGGUGCACCCAUCAUUCUGAUGAACCUACAGUCACAAGUGACAAUUCUACAGCAGACACUCAACACACUCAUUCAGAUGUCAAGUCAACCACAACAACCUGUGCAACCCUUUCAACCACAGCCCAUGGGUCAUGGUUACCCUGGAUACCCUGGCUACCCUAUGGGAGGUCAGGGGCAACCAAUAUCCUAUCCACAUGGUCAAGGUCAACCUGUGCCUUAUUCACAAGGUCAAGGUCAACCGGUUCCUUAUUCACAAGGUCAAGGUCAACCUGUUCCUUAUUCACAAGGUCAAGCUAUGUAUUACAACCAAGGUGAUCAAGUGCAAGCUCCACUUAUGAAUUACCCUCAGGAAGGUCAAGGUCAUCAUCCACAAAACAAUCAAGCAGGGAGUCAGCUUCCUCCAUCAUAUGAAACUGUAAUGGCUAAAGAGCAUGAUGUUGAGACAGAGAAGAAUUGGGUGUAGGAGGAAUGGUUUACUUUUGUUUAUGGUACAAACAAAUAUAUAACUCUAUCUAAAGUGUAAAAUAUCCCAUACAUGUAAUAUAUUUGUUACUAGGCACAAUUGUGUAAUCUUGCCAUUAAAAUUGUAUAAUAGAUAAGUAUUUUAAGAAUGUAAAAUUUUAAUUCAGAAUUCAAAUAUAUUACUUUUGUCUGAAGAGGUAUAUAUAUAUAUUUAUCACAUAAUCGGUCUGUUAUCUGGUGAAUUGGGCCAUGUAAUAUUUUUGCAUAUAUGUCACUAGACUUUAACUAAGUGUAAUAUUUCCUAUUCCCUGGAAUGUUUUUCAUUGACUGUGCCAGUCAGAAAUUGACCGCUUCCAUUUGAUUGCUGCACUUUAUUUUUUUAGCUCACCUGGUAUGAAGGACAAAGGUGACCUUAUGCCAUAAUUAAACAAACUGGGCACAAAGUGGGCUGAGGGGCGGGGCCACAAGGGAGCAAUUUGGCUGUAUUGCUAUAAACACUUUCUUGUCUUGAAUUAAGCAAUGGAUAUCACUCAUAUUUGAUUGGUAGAAUCCUUAGGUGGUGGAGAUUCAGAAUUGUACAAUUAGUAGGGCUGAUCUGCUAGGGGUGAGUGGUAGGUCCAAAAAAGCUAAAUUACAGAUUGUGAACAAAUUUGGCCUGAAGCAUUGUUGUUGGCAAAUGGGAGUUCACAUAAAUUUGUUCAUGAAAAUAUCCUAGGCCCCCCCCAGCUUCAAGAGUCUUGAAAUAUACAACUCGGAUAGCUAUGAUAUUUCAUUUUUAUCGUGGCAUAUAGGUUUUAAAUUGUUCAAUUCAGUCCCCUUGUUCAGUAUAUGGUGCCAGCCCCUGGGGAUUUUGAAGAAUUUGAGAUCCCCAACCCAUAACUAUAUAUAGCAUUGCCUGGCAUCCAGACAUAAACACAAAAAUAGGCAGUGGGGUCUUUCUUCACCCCUAAGAACUUAUAUUUUCUUUGGUUAUAUUUUUGAAACCAUUGAGAUCCCGACCCCGUUCAAAGAUCUGAUAUGAAAUUAAAGCUCAUUUAAGAUCCUAAAUAUAAUAUUUCCAUUCUAUGUACAUAUAUCUGUAUAGCUUACCGCAGUCCUUAUAUGACCAUAGCUGCUGAUAAGAUAUUGAAUAACAUGAACCAAACUUUUUAGCUUACCCAGAGGUUGUUAAUCUCUAAUGUAUGCAUUUUGUAAAAGAGAUGAUAAAAAAGUAUCUAGCACUACAGUUGAUUCGUUAGCAAAACAAAACAAUAUGUUGUACAUAACAUUACAUUCAGCUGUACAUGUUAAUGCCUGAUACAGUAUAUUUGUGAAAUAAGCUGGUUUGCAUGCAAUAAGCUUUAUAACUACUAGUUAUAUAUAGAUCUUUCAUAUAGGAGCACAUUCAACAUCAGCAUGCAUUCUUUUAAAUUUAAGUCUAAUGGCUUAAACAUCUUUCAUCAAACAUCUAAUCCACCAGUCUGAUAAUUUGUUUUUAAAUUGUGUGAUAUUGCAUCCAUAGUGCUGCUUGUAAUGAAAAGGUAAUAAUUACUUUUAAUAUGUAGAUAUUACAAAAUGAUGUGCGACAAUUAAAAAAGUUGUAUUCCCCACAAUAUUACUUCAGACUUUAUGAGAGUUGAUAUGUGGUGUAAUAAUUUCUCUUAAACAUCCCAAUAUGUCAAUUUGCUUGUUAUCAUUAGCUGAUGUAGAUUGCUGGUGAUUAAUAAUAUAGGAAGAUUUACCAUAAAUUUCAUAUAUUGGUUCUCUAGGUCCAUAGACAUAUUCGAUUUUGAGAUUGAUCAGAAAAACAAAAAGGAAGACAGGAGACCAUUUUGGAUUUUGACUGUUGAAGUUUGAAGGAUAGAAGCAAUGAAAAAUCUGUUUUGAUUUCUUGUAAAGUUGCUUGUGUAAUGUGUGUGCAGAUUGGAUAAAUUCUCUUUUAUUGUGUCUUUACACUAUACAUGUUUUUGUAUUUGUUGUUUAUAGUACAGUUGUGUAAACAGGUAUCUGACUAUUCAUGUGUUGAAAUCGAACCUAACUUAAAGUGAGCUGUCAUAUAAUUUUUACCUCACCUGGCCUAAAGGGCCAAGGGAGCUUACACUUAGGUAUGGGAUCUAUCAUCCGUCCGGCAUCAACUUUUUAAUGUAGAGCCUCUUCUCACUAACCAAGAUUCUCAUAGUCAUGAUAUUUGGCUGAUAGGUUCCUUUGAUGAGGCCCGACAAUGUUUGUGAAGAGAAAUGACCUUGACCCAUAUUGAAGGUCACAAGGGUAAAUUUUUUUAAACAUUCAAAAGACUUCUGGUUAAGCAAAAGGCCAAGAAUCGUGAUACCUGGCUGGUUAGUUCAUAUGAUGGAGCCACACAAAGUUUGCAAAAACUAUACUCAAGGUCACAGAGGUCAAAUUUGUUCAAACAUAUGACAUUCUUUUUAUGAAAGGAAAGGCAGAGAAUCAUCCAACAAGUGAAUACUAGAUGAGUGAUACAGGAACUCGGGGUCGAUU